CGGAACUGUAAAAGAUUGGAAUGCAGAUGCUAUUGAUUGUGACGGGGGCGUCGAAAGGUCUGGGAAAGGCCAUAACGACUGGCUUUUGCUGUAUGGACUCAUCAGAGCAGCAGCGACAGCAACUGGAUCGACUGCAUGUUGUCCUGGCGGCCCGAUCGGCAAAUUUGUUGGAAGAGCUGGGUCGAACCAUCAUGCAUCACAAUGAGUCCACCAAGGUUCGAGUGACGCUUUCCUGCUUUGCCGUGGAUUUGUCCGAUUUGGAUCAACUGGACUCCCACUUUGAUCGCAUGUUCCAAGAAGUCAAUCUCUCUGGCUUUGAUCGCGUCGUCUUUGUCAACAAUGCCGGGUCUCUGGGAUAUCUGGGUCCCUGCUCGUCCAGUCCAUCCUUGAUGGGCAUGAAAGCCACCAUUGAGUUUAAUGUCACGUCUGCUCUGUGGCUGUCCAGUCGAUUUGCACAGCUCGUACAGGAAAAUUCGAAAGACACGCAAAAAGUAACACUCAUCAACAUUUCCAGCUUGUUGGCCGUCGAGGCAUUUCCCACCAUGGGAAUAUACGCGGCAGGCAAGGCUGCUAGAGACAAUUAUCAUGCCACCAUGGCCAAGGAAAUGCCUCGCAUAAAAGUACUCAACUAUGCACCAGGGCCCCUGGAAACUGACAUGGUCAAAGAGAUUCGAGCAGCGCCCAAGUUAGACAAGAGCCUCAAGCCUGCUUUUGACAAGAAAUUGAUUGAUCCACAUGAUUCCGCCAAAAAGCUGGUCAACUUGGUCUUCUCAGACAAGUUCGAGUCGGGAUCACAUGUGGACUAUUAUGAUAUUUCAUCCUAGUAUUUCGCUUCUUUGCAAUCUACCAUUCCUAUCUCGAUCAAUUCAAUUCAACUCUAUUCAAUCAUUCAUGCGUGGUUGUCAGUGAGAAUACUUUCAUUCAGAGUUUCGUAACCUGCUUGAAAACAUACAUCAUCAAAUCAUCAACAUGUUUGCCUCUCCCAAUCAACAACAAGAAGUUACUUCCUCGAUAACCUACGGUAUUGUCCAGCAAUAGGCAAGUGCAACUGCAACUGCUCAUCUAACAGAUCUGGUCCAUGAUGAAGGUUUUACCUUUCGUAGGAGAAGAAGCAGAAACAAAUGAGAACCAUUGUUCGUUGGUACCACUAUUGGAAGAUUCCACUGCAGCAAACCUCCAUGCCACCCUCCGAUGCAUGGGAGGACGAUCCUUCCAAGAGCAAUCAUACUGUUAUUGUGGACGGUCUUUUACGGUUCCUGUUCGGCUAGCUGAUGUUGAUUUCUUGGGAAAUCACCACCUACCUCUACAGUACGCUCCGGGAGCAGAUGGAAAAACUGGGGUAGGGAAUCAUAGACAAAAGGUCUCGAUUUGCCUCGUUUCAAUGGCGCCAUCACCAUGGUGGACCCACACCCUGCUUGCCACACGAGUGCGUGGCAAAGUCCGGAGCAGCGAUGGUGGGCAAGGGGAAGGAGACUCCUGGUGGCGGAGAGCAGACAAAAAUCCUACACUAGUCUACUGAAAUACAACCACACCUUCAAGGUUUCUGGCAGUUACGUCUUUCUUUUUCUUCAGUUGUUGCUGCCAGUAUUUUCAAUGCAUUGCUUGGCCGUGAUACCUAUACUUUUCUUUAAAGGCACUGACCAUGAUACAUGUAGAUAUAUACUUUUCUUCCCUUC